UAUAUAUGAUUUCAGGUUUCUGGUACAUGGUCAUUUAAAACAACUGCUUUAAAACAAAUUAAAUAAGUUUUGCGUCAAAUGCCACAGCAUAGCCCUGCUCCAAGCCCCGAAAGAGCGUUACAAGGUUUUGUUCUCUACUUGGCCAGCUUUCUCGUAUUGAGUUUAUACCUUUCUUGGGCAAUUCUUCCCGAUCAUAUUUUGAAUGAAAUAGGUUUCACUUACUAUCCACAAAGGUAUUGGGCGAUCACCAUUCCAGCAUUUAUAACAUUUAGUCUUACUUUGUUCUUCACAAUAAACUUUAUUCUAAAUCUCAUCAACUCAUUUGAACUGCAGGAGGUCAUAAAUGACUAUGAAUAUUUGAACAAUUUGGAAACUAAUUCCGAAAACGAUUCUUUCGCAAAAGGAGAGGAUUUCUCAAUACCACCUAUAAGAGAACUUAACGUGCCACGCCACAGUCAGUUAACUUCUGAGGUUGUCUACAGUCUACAGCUUGAUUAAAAACAAUGGAGGCCAAAGAUGAUGACGUUUUCAAUCAAGUGAAAGCAAUUUGUGAACCUCAGAAAAACAUUCAUUUAAAGGUUGAUCUCAAUGGUUCUUCCAAACUCACUGGAAGGAGCACUGAGGAUGGAGUUCCAGUUUCUUUGCCUCUAAAUAGCUUGGAAGAACUUUUCGCAUGGAAGGCCAAUGAUAAAACAGAUCUUGGUCAAUCAUUUUCAAAGCCGGCUUUAUCUGGUUACAGGAAAAUCUAUUCUUCCAAGGUUAUGUUGUGCCAUGACAUGGCGGGGGGUUACCUGGAUGACAGAUUUGUGCAGCAAAUGGUUGGCAACCGCACCAUAGAAUAUCAUAUGUCAUACUGGAGCUUGAUUGAUAUAUUCGUGUACUUCAGUCACCACUUUAUUACCAUACCUCCAGUGGGUUGGGUCAAUGCUUGUCGAACAAAUGGUGUUGCCGUGUUAGGAACCUUCAUCACAGAAUCAACGGGUGGAUAUGAUCGUUGCAGAGCAAUAUUCUCAUCGCCAGUUGUUUGGACAUAUGUUGCUGAUCAGAUGGUUGACAUUGCUACUUUCUAUGGUUUUGAUGGAUGGCUUAUCAACAUUGAAAACACCAUUGAGCUUGAAAUGAUUCCGGAUGUUGUUCAGUUUGUUUCCUACCUGACUUUAAAAAUGCAUGAAAUGAAUCCGGAUGCUCAAGUCAUCUGGUAUGACAGUGUGACUAAGGAUGGGGUGCUUAAGUGGCAAAAUGAACUGAAUUGUAAAAACAGCCUUUUCUACGAUGCAUGUGAUGGCAUUUUCCUAAAUUAUGGGUGGAAAGAUUCAUCUUUAGAAAAAUCACUAAAGUUGGCAAAGAGUUUGAGUAGUGUGUAUGUUGGUAUUGAUGUGUUUGGGCGGGGAAUAAUGGGUGGGGGAGGCUUCAAUUCAUGUGAUGCACUGAAGGCAAUAAACAAAUACGGAUUUUCUUCAGCAAUUUUUGCACCAGGCUGGGUGUUAGAAACACUUGGGCAACCUAACUUUCAAAUGAACAACAAAAGGUUUUGGAAUUUGUUGUCUCCUCUCAUUGAACAUCAUCCAAUCAAAUGUCCAAGUGGAUUUUCCACAGGUUUCAAUAGUGGGUGCAUUGAAAAUAAAUGUGAUCCACUACAACCAGAGAUAGAAUUAGGUUUACAAAGCCUAAUGCCUUGUGUUCCUUCAAAGUAUUUUUCGUUGGGUUUUAAUGGCAAAGAUCAUUUUUUGUUGGUCAAUGCUACUGAGGCAACUGAACAGGAGGUCGUUUUUCUUUUUAACACUGAUGUGAAGGAGAAAGUUCUGACAAUAAAGAUUGUAAGCAAUUCAGAAAAUGUUGAAGGCUUAUUUGCUAUGGCAACCAAUCGUGCAAAUGUUAUUCUUUCUGAAUCCAAAUCAAGAGAUUUCACAGUACAAUACAAGCGUGUUACUGUUAAAAAAUAUAGAUAUGUUCAUGAAUUCAUCAUCUAUUGCAGUGUUUCAUUUGUAGCCAGUGAAUUGCUAGCCAUACCCAAGCUGGAGGAAUGCAUUGUGUUUUCACUGUCUUUGCACCCUGGUCUACAACCUACACCACAAGUGAAAAAUGUACCAGCCGUCGACAUUUUAUGCACAGAAAUAUCAUGGAAGGUGGUGGAAAAAUCAGAGCAAUUUUUCUUACUGGAUUGCACACUCGUUUUUACCAAUUCUACCGCAUCAGGCAUCUUUAAAACCGAAAUUUUGUGUGAACGCAAUUUUGGUUUUUGUGAAGAUUCUAAGAAACCCCAGCUUUGUACAUUGGGUUGGUCACGUUGUUCAAAGUACAGGGUUCAUAAUAUGAAAGUGGGAAACCCCAUGUUUGGAGGACCAAAUUGUUCAGUACUGUUUCAAGUUCGCCAUAUGGAUGAUAUGCACACAGUGUUGGGUGUAGGGAACUUGCUUGUCACUUAUUCUGAAUAAUUCAGAUUACGUUUAACAAAAGUGAUGCUUCUUGUAUAAAUGUACAAAUCACAAGCUCAAACAUGCCUUAUCUGAGAUGAAAGAUGUUAUUAUUUCUGUGAUAUUUGAUAUACUUUUGUUUAAUCAAGUCAUUAUGUUGUUCUUUCAUGAAAUAUACAUAGCGUUAAACUUAACUCUGAUAUUUACAGAGUGGGUCAUAUUUAUAUGUUAUAUUUUGCUUUAUUCCAAGUGUAACAUUUGAGAAAAAAAAAGGUCAAAUACACAAGCAGAGGAGACUAAAA